AGAGUAUGAAACAUAUCUAGAAAAACAGGAGGACAUCCUCUCCACUCACAUGACGAUAAUGUGUUGGUGUCGGUAUAUUCUUUGUAGCUCUCCUUAUUUUGACUUCAAGGAUUUGGGUCCAGUUAACUUUUUAUAUACGUAACUCUUAUAUGUCACACAAUAUAAAUUCUUUAUUCUUCUACUAACUACUCUAGUUACCAACCACUACAAACACAGAGAAAAUGGGAACAACUGAUACAUCCAAGCCUAACCUUGAUUCAAUAUUGAAUGCACGCAAAAAAUUUGAUGAAACAAAAGCUGGUGUCAAAGGACUUGUUGAUGCAGGUAUUAACAACAUUCCAAGCUUAUUCCAUCAUCAACCUGACAAAUAUCAGAAAUCCAACAACUCAAACCAUACUAUUCCUGUCAUAGAUCUUGUAGAUAUUAUUGAUAAUAAAGAAGAUUCAACUCUUCACCAAGGGACUGUUGACAGAAUCAAGGAAGCAUGUGAAACUUGGGGGUUUUUUCAGGUUGUUAAUCAUGGGAUUCCUUUGACUGUUCUUGAGGAGUUGAAAGAUGGUGUUAAGAGGUUUUAUGAGAUGGAUACAGAAAUCAAAAAAGGUUUGUAUACAAGAGAUCAAGAUAGAUCCUUUAUUUAUAAUAGCAAUUUUGAUAUUUAUAGCUCACCAGCACUCAAUUGGAGCGAUACUUUUUCAUGUUACUUGGCUCCUGAAACUCCCAAACCACAGGAUUUUCCUAUAGUAUGCAGGGAUAUAUUGCUAGAAUAUGGGAAACACAUGAUGAUUCUUGGGACUUUACUCUUUGAAUUGAUGUCACAAGCUUUAGGACUGAAUCCAAACCAUCUAAAAGAUAUGGAUUGUGCUGAAGGACUAAUUGCUCUUUGCCAUUACUAUCCUCAAUGUCCUCAACCAGAGUUGACUUUGGGAACAACCAAACAUUCUGACAAUGACUUUCUCACAGUACUUCUACAAGAUCAUAUUGGUGGUCUUCAAGUUCUUCAUCAAGAUAAAUGGAUUGAUGUAAAACCUGUGCCGGGGGCUCUCAUAGUUAAUGUUGGAGAUCUUUUGCAGCUUAUUACAAAUGACAGGUUCAAGAGUGUCGAACAUAGAGUACUUGCGAAUCGUGUCGGUCCAAGAAUAUCUGUUGCAUGUUUUUUCUGCUCAGAUUAUAGGUCAUCCUCAAAACUGUAUGGACCUAUGAAGGAACUUUUAUCAGAAGAGAAUCCUCCCAAAUAUAGAGAAACUACAAUUGCUGAUUAUAUAGCCUACUUUGCAGCAAAAGGAUUAGAUGGUACUUCAGCUCUUACACAUUACAAGAUUUGAACUAAAUAAUGUGUAAGAUAAAAGUGUUAGUUCAUAAUACAAAUAAUAGAAUGAACUUGGUGGGGUUGGGUAUAUUAUUUUGAUUCUGUUAAUGCAGUGUAUAUAUUUCAAUUGGGUUGGUAAAAUAAUGGAAUCAAAGUUGCAAGCCUUCAUGUUUA